GGGCACAGGUGGGUGGCACUGCUGGGCACAGGUAGGUGGCACUUCUGGGCACAGGUGGGUGCACUGCUGGGCACAGGUGGGUGCACUGCUGGGCACAGGUGGGUGAUCUGCUGGGCACAGGUGGGCGGGGCUAGUGGGCGCACUGCUGGGCACAGGUGGGCAGAACUUGCGGGUGGCACUGCUGGGCACCGAUCAUCAGGGCACUGAUCAUCAGUGCCCUGAUGAUCGGUGCCGAUCCCCGCUCUGACAACUGCCGGUUCUCGGCGGUACUUUCCUCACGAUCUGACAGCGUGAGGAAAGUGCAGCCGAGAACCGGCACUUGCAU